AUGCCAUCCAAGCGGACAGCCGUCGCUGCCGCCGCGGCGCUGCUCUCCAUGGGGGGCGCCGUGGCCGACCAGCCCAUCUAUACCGUCAAGUCGGCGUACGCAGCCGUGGCCAACGAGACGAACGGGCUCCCGCAGCAGCGAUUCCGAUCGAGCGACAUCAUCGCCCCUGUGCUGCAGGUCAACACGUGGGACAAGACGCAGACGGACGACUCAUCAUACCUGUUCCUCAGCGGCGCGUACGGGCGGCACAAGGCGGCGCCGAUGAUCCUCAGCGGCAAGGACCUCAGUCUCGUCUACGCCGACCAGCAGUACGACGAGGUGUACGCGUCGUCGGUGCAGACGCUCAACGGCACCCAGUAUCUCACGUUUUGGGAGGGCCCGCGGCGCGGCGGCAACAGUAGUCGCGCGGAUGGGCACUGGCUCAUGUACGACGGCACAUAUGCGCUCCAGUUCAACUUGACGGCCAGGGGCUCGGGGGCGAUCCGCGACGACAUGCCCGCCAUGCGCGUCACGCGCGACAAUACGGUCCUGCUGCCGCUGUACGAGACGGUGACGGCCGACUGCUCGGCUGUGGGAGGGCCGGUCGACGCGCCGCUGCAGGACAGCGGCUUCCAGGAGAUGGACCCGGCAACGAACAAGGUCGUUUUUGAGUGGCGCGCACGCGAGCACUUUGACCUGAACGCUUCGUUUGCCCAGUACGACGCGGCGUUUGGCGUCGGCUCCCCGGGCGGAUUCGACUUUUUCCACCUCGACUCGGUCGAAAAGGCGGACAAUGGACACUACCUCGUCUCCAGCAGCCACUUUUCCAUGCUCGCCAUGGUCGACGGCCAGGACGGGCACGUGCUGUGGACACUCGGCGGCAAGCACAGCGACUUCCGCGACGUCUACGACGGCGGCAACGCGACCGACUUUGCCUGGCAGCGCGACGUCCGGAUGACGGGGCCCGACGAAAUCACCCUCUUUGACAACCACGUGCGCUCGACCGACCACUGCCGCGGACCCUGCCACUCCAGAGGCUUGCGCCUGCGGCUCGACCACGCCGCCAGGACGGUCGCGCUGGUCGCCGAGUGGCGGCACCCCGACGACGGCGGCGGCGGCGUCGACGCGGGCCGCAUGGGCGGCGUGCAGCUGCUCGGCGACGGGCACGCCGUGGUCGCGUGGGGCGACAACCCGGCAUUUGUCGAGUACAACAAGGCCGGGCAGCCGGUGCUGGACGUGCAGCGGGGUGUUGCCGGUGCUGCCGCCGGGCGCUUAGAGCGUGUGAGUCGGCAGCGGUGGCACGGGGCACCGUCCUGGCCGCCGAGCGUGGCCGUGGACGCGCCGUCCAAGAGCACUUCGGGCGCGACGGUAUACGUCUCCUGGAACGGCGCUACCGAAGUUGCGGCAUGGGCUAUUCUUGCCUCGGACACGGCCGACACCGUCAGCCACUACAAAAACGUGAUUGCGCACGCGAACCGCACCGGCUUCGAGACGCACAUUGCGCUCGACGACGCCGUCGCGCGCCGCUACAUUGGCGCCGCCGCCAUGUCCGCCGCCGGCGACGUCCUCGGCGCCUCGUUCGUCUACGACAUGCACACCGGCAAGGCCGUCAUGCAGGCGAGCGGCAUCACGACCAUUCGCCCGCCCGUCAAGGCCACGGCCGCCGCCGGCGCCAUGGGCGGCUCCAUCUUUGGCUUCUCCAUGCUGUUUUACAUUGGCAACUACUUUUGGCGGAAAAGAGGCGCCGCGCCGUCGGCCGAGGAGCAUCCGAGCUAUGAAAAGGUCGGCGGUGGCAGCGCUGUUUAA